AUGAAGCCAAACGACAAACUAAUCAUGCUUCAAGUGGUAUGGCGUCACGGUGAUCGCGCUCCAACCAUGACGUACCCAACCGAUGAGCACCAAGAAGAUGCGUGGCCGAAUGGUUGGGGUGAAUUGACACCGUUGGGAAUGCGGCAGCAGUAUGCUCUCGGAAGAGUUUUACAUAAGCGCUACAUCAACACCAGUGAACCAUUUAUAAGCAAAAGAUAUAGAUCGAAAGAAAUCUACAUCCGUUCUACAGAUGUCAACCGCACUCUUAUUUCCGCUUAUGCUAAUCUUGCUGGAAUGUUUUACGAAGGUGAACAGGGUAAAGAUUAUCCCGAAUUUGGAAAUUGGCCUCAUGGAUGGACACCUAUUCCUGUGCACACACUACCAGGAGCAGAGGACCAUGCUGGCAACGUUUUCGCGCCAUGUCCUCGCGCAGAGCAGUUGGAUGAAGAGUUAAAAAAGAGUGAAGAAUAUCGGAAGUUGGAGGGGGACAAUAAGGAAUUCCUUGAUUUUCUUUCUGAGAAGACUGGAAUGAAAGUUACAUUGAGCAAUAUCUUUUUGGUCCAUGAUGCGCAUCACAUUGAAAAGAUCUAUGGAAUGAGCCAACCAGCCUGGCUGACAGAUGAAGUAUCGCAUCGCCUGCGGAAUAUUACUCAGAUUGUCAACGAGUACAAUUAUGGUAUUGCAGAACCGUACGUACCUGAACUGAUUCGUUUGAGAGGAGGUCCAAUGCUAAGGUCCAUAAUGGAUUUAAUGAAUCACAAGUUGAUGUGCCACAAGAAUACGACAACCAACGUAGACUGUGGAUGGAUCAACAAUAUCAAAUAUUAUGCGUAUUCUGCGCAUGACACGACAGUCGCGGCACUGCUGACUACAUUUGGAGAUGAGAUGGAUGUGAUUCGUGGAGGUUUGCCCAAGUAUACCGCUUCCGUGGCGAUUGAGUUAUGGAUGCUCGAGGAAGGACCUGCAGUUAGGGUAAGAUUUUAUUCCAUGGCGCAUUUCACCACAGUUACCAUCCAAUUACCCAUCUGA